AUGGUAGAUGCAAUUGGUGGAAUUACAAUGAAUUAUGCUCUUGGUUUAUCCUUUACAACAAAAGGGUUGGAAACAAAGUUUCAAUCACUAGUAUCCAUUUGGACGAUGAUUGACUUUUCUAGUAAUCAGUUCUCGGGAGAAAUUCCAAAAAUGCUUGGUGAGCUUCAUUUACUUAUUGACCUAAACCUCUCCCAUAACUGUUUAAUAGGUCCUAUUCCAUCGUCUUUAGGCGAUUUGUCAGAGCUUGAAUCAUUAGAUCUCUCAUCAAACAAGCUCGAAGGAAAAAUUCCAACAGAGUUAAAAAAUCUUGGAUUCUUAGAGAUAUUAAACCUCUCUCAGAAUCAUCUCAAAGGACCCAUUCCUCAAGAUUUAUGUGGUUUGCCAUUAUCAAAAAGUUGUGAUACUGACGAGGAAACUCCAGCCAAAUUUGAUAAAGAUGGUGAUGAACUGAAUUGGAAAAUUUCAAUAUUGAUGGGAUAUGGAAGUGGGUUGGUGCUGGGAAUGAGCAUGGCAUACAUUGUAUUCACAACUGGAAAACCAUGGUGGUUGAUUAGGAUCAUCGAGCGAGUUCAACAAAGAUUUGCAGAAAGGUGGAGAAGCCAACUCUUCGGUGAGUUCAACAAGUUGUCCUCUCUCAUGGCAAUGUUUCCUGGUGUGUUUUUGGUACGUGCACUGUGGCUACUUACCUGCUCAUUUUUUGAACAUUUGGAUGCCAUUAGAGAAGGGUAUGGAAAGAAAGUUGAACCAAAGUACAUGGUAGAUGCAAUUGGUGGAAUUACAAUGAAUUAUGCUCUUGGUUUAUCCUUUACAACAAAAGGGUUGGAAACAAAGUUUCAAUCACUAGUAUCCAUUUGGACGAUGAUUGACUUUUCUAGUAAUCAGUUCUCGGGAGAAAUUCCAAAAAUGCUUGGUGAGCUUCAUUUACUUAUUGACCUAAACCUCUCCCAUAACUGUUUAAUAGGUCCUAUUCCAUCGUCUUUAGGCGAUUUGUCAGAGCUUGAAUCAUUAGAUCUCUCAUCAAACAAGCUCGAAGGAAAAAUUCCAACAGAGUUAAAAAAUCUUGGAUUCUUAGAGAUAUUAAACCUCUCUCAGAAUCAUCUCAAAGGACCCAUUCCUCAAGAUUUAUGUGGUUUGCCAUUAUCAAAAAGUUGUGAUACUGACGAGGAAACUCCAGCCAAAUUUGAUAAAGAUGGUGAUGAACUGAAUUGGAAAAUUUCAAUAUUGAUGGGAUAUGGAAGUGGGUUGGUGCUGGGAAUGAGCAUGGCAUACAUUGUAUUCACAACUGGAAAACCAUGGUGGUUGAUUAGGAUCAUCGAGCGAGUUCAACAAAGAUUUGCAGAAAGGUGGAGAAGCCAACUCUUCGGUGAGUUCAACAAGUUGUCCUCUCUCAUGGCAAUGUUUCCUGGUGUGUUUUUGGUACGUGCACUGGUAGGGAGGCCAGCUAGCACGCGGUGGUGCGUGGAUGCCGUACAUGGGAGCAACGGCGGCACCAAGCUGUUGGGGCUAGGGUUUGCUGAAAAUGUUGUUUAG